AUGAUAUUUACCGUUCCCAGUAUAUGUGUGAUAUCAUCAUCAUCAUCAUCAUCAUCAUCAUCAUCAUCAUCAUCAUCAUCAUCAUCAUCAUCAUCAUCAUCAUCAUCAUCAUCAUCAUCAUCAUCAUCAUCAUCAUCAUCAUCAUCAUCAUCAUCAUCAUCAUCAUCAUCAUCAUCAUCAUCAUCAUCAUCAUCAUCAUCAUCAUCAUCAUCAUCAUCAUCAUCAUCAUCAUCAUCAUCAUCAUCAUCAUCAUCAUCAUCAUCAUCAUCAUCAUCAUCAUCAUCAUCAUCAUCAUCAUCAUCAUCAUCAUCAUCAUCAUCAUCAUCAUCAUCAUAUCAUCAUCAUCAUCAUCAUCAUCAUCAUCAUCAUCAUCAUCAUCAUCAUCAUCAUCAUCAUCAUCAUCAUCAUCAUCAUCAUCAUCAUCAUCAUCAUCAUCAUCAUCAUCAUCAUCAUCAUCAUCAUCAUCAUCAUCAUCAUCAUCAUCAUCAUCAUCAUCAUCAUCAUCAUCAUCAUCAUCAUCAUCAUCAUCAUCAUCAUCAUCAUCAUCAUCAUCAUCAUCAUCAUCAUCAUCAUCAUCAUCAUCAUCAUCAUCAUCAUCAUCAUCAUCAUCAUCAUCAUCAUCAUCAUCAUCAUCAUCAUCAUCAUCAUCAUCAUCAUCAUCAUCAUCAUCAUCAUCAUCAUCAUCAUCAUCAUCAUCAUCAUCAUCAUCAUCAUCAUCAUCAUCAUCAUCAUCAUCAUCAUCAUCAUCAUCAUCAUCAUCAUCAUCAUCAUCAUCAUCAUCAUCAUCAUCAUCAUCAUCAUCAUCAUCAUCAUCAUCAUCAUCAUCAUCAUCAUCAUCAUCAUCAUCAUCAUCAUCAUCAUCAUCAUCAUCAUCAUCAUCAUCAUCAUCAUCAUCAUCAUCAUCAUCAUCAUCAUCAUCAUCAUCAUCAUCAUCAUCAUCAUCAUGUUAAGGAAAAGCUGUAA